UAGGGAGAGAGGGAGAGAGAAAAGACUGUUUGCUUGCGCGCAGGCGCACACACGCCUAUUAAGCAACGGGGAAGCUACUAGGCAUGCGCCCUGCCAGAGGAGGCGGGUCCAGGAAGCAGGCCCAUUCAGCUCCCUUUCCGUUCCUGUCAGUCUCGGUGCCUUCUGAUGUGUGAAGACCAGCUAUGGAAAAAUGGAGCUCAAUGACAAUUAUUGUGUUAUUAGGACUUAUUAUCCGUUGGACUGUGUCCCUUGGUUCUUAUUCAGGUGCAGGGAAGCCACCUAUGUAUGGGGACUAUGAAGCUCAAAGACACUGGCAAGAAAUUACCUAUAACCUGCCAGUCAAACACUGGUACUUCAACACCACUGAUAAUAAUUUGCAGUAUUGGGGCCUUGACUACCCACCUCUUACUGCUUAUCACAGUCUCUUGUGUGCUUAUGUAGCACAAUUAAUAGAUCCAAGUUGGGUCGCUCUCCACACAUCUCAUGGGUAUGAGAGUCAGCCACACAAGUUAUUCAUGCGUACAACAGUUCUUGUUGCAGAUAUGCUGAUUUAUAUACCGGCAGUAAUCUUAUACUGCUGUUAUUUAAAAGAUGCAUCAAACAAGAAAAAGAUUUCUAGUGCUCUCUGCAUAUUGCUUUAUCCAGGCCUCAUUUUGAUUGAUUAUGGACAUUUUCAGUAUAAUUCUGUGAGCCUUGGUUUUGCUUUGUGGGGAAUGCUUUUCCUCUCCUAUGAUUUGGAUGUUUGGGGUUCGAUAGCAUUUUGCUUUGCUCUUAACUACAAACAAAUGGAGCUCUACCACUCCCUGCCUUUCUUCUGCUAUCUCUUGGGAAAGUGCUUCAAAAAAGGCCUGAUGGGGAAAGGAUUAUUAUCAUUAAUGAAGCUGGGAUUUACCGUAGUUGUUUCCUUUGCUUUCUGUUGGCUCCCAUUUUGCAUGGACGUCAGGCAAAUUUUGCAAGUGCUCAGGAGGCUCUUCCCAGUUGAUCGAGGUUUGUUUGAGGAUAAAGUAGCCAAUAUUUGGUGUACCAUAAGUGUCUUUUUCAAAAUAAAGACAAUUCUAUCAGCAGAAACCCAAUUUAAAUUAAGCUUGGUUUUAACAUUCCUGGCCAUACUUCCAAGCUGCAUAAAAUUAACAAUGCAGCCUUCUCUCCGGGGAUUUAAAUACAGUCUGGGUUGCUGUGCAUUAUCCUUCUUUCUGUUCUCAUUCCAAGUGCACGAAAAGUCUAUUCUUCUGGUUUCAAUACCAGUCUGCUUACUUAUAAAUGAAAUCCCCUUUAUGUCUGCAUGGUUUUUGCUUGUUUCAACAUUUAGCAUGCUACCACUUCUCCUGAAGGAUGGCCUGCUUUUAUCUUACAUUGUGACAACACUGGCUUUUCUCAUGGUGUGUGGAACUUCUUUCUCAAUACUUGAAAAGACCUCUGAAGCUGAUCUUAAGCUGAAAAUGUUUUCUGCUUCUAUUAGAAAUUACAUCCCUUGGUUUAAAAUAUUCCCUAAGACUAUGAAAUAUUUGUUUCUGGUUUCAAUAACUAUGAUGGGCAUCCUGACUUUAAUGAGUGCCACACUGGAUCCUCCACAGAAGCUGCCAGAUUUAUUUCCUCUAACUAUCUCUGUUGUAUCCUGCUUGCACUUUCUAUUCUUCUUGCUAUAUUUUAAUGUCAUUGCAAUAUGGGAAUCAAAAAGUAGCUCGAAUCAGAAAAAAAGCAAUUAGUUUGAACCAACCGGCAAAAUUGUUGGCUAAAAUUUUUAAUAUUGGAAAUCUUCUGUUGCUUCCUUAUUUUACAUAUAUUCUAUGGAAACCAAGACCAGAAUGUUUACAGUUAAGUUUGUGCUGUUUCAGGAAUGCAAAUAGCCAUACCUCAAAAUGGUUAGAAAUGAGUUCUCUGUAGUAUGUAUGCAAUAAAACAAAAUAUAUUAUUUGUUCAAAAUAAAAAAGCUACUCAUGUUUUUACAUAAAAAUAACAAAGAAACAACUUCUCAACCUGUUCUGGUUUUAAACAAAAUUUCCACAUUUUAUUUAAUAAGUGUAUCAGUAUAGGGGCUUUUUAAAAAAGAACAGCAUUAAAUCCAAAACUAUAUGUUAGAGCAAUCACUCAUGUCUGUUGCCACUAAACGCUGCCUAUUUGAUUACAUGCAUUAAGCUGCCUUGUACAAUAUUUCAUUAUCCUUCAUGUGAUAUGCUUAAAAUCAUCAAGGUCACUGCAGUAAUAUUCAUGAUUCAGUGUCAUGGUUCAUGCUUACAUGACAGUCUUAUUUCAGCAUUAACCUCUAUACUAGCUGGAGUCCAUAACUAGAGUUCCAAGCUGCUGUCAUCGCUAACGUUUUUUAUAUGUAUCAACACAUAAGCUUUACUGUCACGGAGAUCUACAAAUUUUACAGCCACAGUAACAUUCUCUGCCUGUAUAUAUACUUAUAUCAAAAAAUGUAUCCAGAACAGCAAAUUACUAAGAUCCUGAAGUCAGAUUGUUUACCACUCUUAGGUAAUCCUUUGGAAAUUUCAUAUAAUGAAAAUAUACCUUCUAAAAAUGAAGUUACUACAAAGCAACUGUUCCAUCUAGAAUUCUUUGGCAUCUUAGAGCUUUCUCUAUAAUGGUAUGUCCCACAGGGUUGCCUUUAAAAUGCAUACACAAUGUUAAAAAAAAGAAGCCAAAUCAAAUCCUGACAGCUGCUUGCGGAUUACUUGAAAUGAUCUCUUUAUAAGACACAUGAAUAAGUAGCUAAUUGUUUCUACCCAAAGGUUCAUGUUCAGUACAACUUCUCUUUCAUUAUAAGGGCAUUUUAACAUUCAGUUAUCUUUUAUGAAUUGGGUCAUGACUGAUUUGUUGCCAUGUUGUAGCACAGUAUUUUAAGCAUUAAUUCAAUCAGCAUUUUAUUCAGUAUAGGCAGGCCAUCUCUACACAAUGUAUUACUUUCUGCUGGUCUAAAAAUAUAUGUAGUGAUAAAAGGCAAAUUUAUAAAAAUAGAGUCCUGAAAGCAGUAUAAAUGUAAAUUUGUUUCCAUACACAGUGCAGAUUAAUCUCAACACAAUUUGUUGUCAAGUGUUGAGUAUUUGGUAUCCCAAGCUUGGAAAAUCCAACAUGCUGGAUGCAGGAUGUCAUAAAUUACUAUACAUAUUAAUGUUUUUCUUUCCCUCUACUUUGCCCCCAACCCUUUAUUGAAACAGUAAAGUACAGAUGUAAAUACAAGGACCAGAUAUUUAGAACCUUGGCUUGAGGUAUUCAAACUACUAAAAGUUGUCACACAAUACUUAAUUUCUUGAAUUAAAUUGCAGGAAAUUCUAGACCAGAGUUAUCUAAACUAAGGCCUGCAGGCCACAUCCAACCAGCUAAGGUCUUUUUGCCGGCCCCCGCAACUACGCCACACACGCACACUGCACGGCUAGUGCACAAAUGCAUGCUGCAGUGGCAGUGAGUGCAACUGUGGGUGGCGGUAAGGGAAUGUGUGCUCCAGUGUGUGUGUGGCAUAACUGCCGCACUCACAAUCGAUGCAAGGACAUGUGCAUGCACCCACACACAGUGAAAGUCCGGCCCCCAAACAGUCUAAGGGACUAUGAACCAGCCCUCCACAUAAAAAAACUAAGGGUUCCAUGUUCUACACAAAUUAAAUAUGAAUUAUAUUAUCUAGGAACUUUUCAAUCUGCAUGUAUACAAACGUAUAUGCCAUGUGAAUAUAUGUUUUCAGUCUGCACACUUCAGCCUUGCUUAUCAGUUUAGCGAAGGUGAAGUGUGCCAAAGGAUUAUGAAUUCUAGUAUAUAAAAGGUUGCUGCCUAUUUAGUUCCGAAUACUAGAUGUCUAUAUCUAGCACUCACAGUUCCCAAUAUUUGAUCUGAGACUAUGCACACUAUGCCAAGCAGAUGGUUGGCACCAUCAGCUUUCCCUUGUACUAUCACCUCUUUAUUGGGUGUGGCCUGAAUCCAGCCAAACUAUGCUCAGCAUUGACCAUCUGUUCAAUGGCUAGUUGUUGCUCUCAGAUUUGUGUGAAAGAGUGCAUACAGUUGUCUCUAGAUUGAAGCCCCAGCGUUCCUACAGAAUAAAGAUUUAUUAUUUAUGGGAAGAGGUGUUAUGUGUUAGAUGCACCAUGUUGUAACAUAUAGGAAAUAAUUUGAUCCUAAGCAGUGGGUUAGAUCUCAAGGUAUCCUGUAAGCAUGAGUAGGCAACAGGAAGUGGCAACACCCUAACUAAUUUUUGUUUUGGCAAAAGUUUAACAGCUUUUCUGCAAAUGGAUUCAUUUCAGUGAAAAUAGUCAAAGUCACAAAUAUCUUCAUUCAAUUCAUAUGUACUUCAAUAAUUAACACAUUGUGGUUGGCAUCCAGUUAAUGGCAAAUGCAGUGUAAAUUAACCCAUAUGCCGUAUGCCUCUUUUUGUUGUGGGGGUUGGCAUUUUACAUUUUCCUAUGUAAAUGACAAAAGGAGAACUGUCCUUCUUGCCACAUGCAAAAUUAUUACAGUCAGUCUUCCAUGUUGACCACAGAGUAAUGCUUGGAGGACUUCUCCUAGCAAGAAUACCUCUCAGGCUAUUGGUAAGCCCUCCAGCACAAUUCUGUGGUCAACUUCUGGAAGACUUUAACUAUAGUCACACUGGAGGAUCUAAAGGUGUUCUCUCAGGUAAAUCCAAUAAUGGAUUCUUUGCAUUUUCCUGGAAAUGUCCUGCAACCCUAAUGCCAGCAAAUGUACACCAUCUGCAGACCUCAGAAAGAUCUUAUCUGACCUCAUCAGAUGAAUGGUAUAACAGGGAGAGAGUGGGGAAAUACUUUGGCAACACAAAAUACACAAAUAUAGAUGCAAGAGGGAGGAUUUCUUCAACUUGUCAGAAUUGCAGGAUUGACUGUUUCUGCUGCCACCAUUUAUGUAAUCAGGAGCCUCUUUUUUAUUGGGACUUUGGGAGACACUUUGAGGAGAAAUGAAAACUGUUCAUUUGUAACUUGUAAAUGAGCAAAAUGGUUUCAGUAAUAAUAUGGACAGGUUGCUUACCUGUAACCAUGUUUCUUCGAGUGUACUCUGUGAAUUCACACUAAUGGAGAAGCUGCGCCUGCGCAGGUUCCGACGGAAACUCUUCCAAGCUGAAGUUCAAAUUUUGGCGGUAACCACGCCCCCCUUCCCAAGGGGCAUAUAAGGCAGCCCCAGGCGCCCGCUCUCCAGUUCCUACGCCGCCAAGGCAACGAGAAAGGGAGAGGUUUGCCAGUGGGGAUGGAAGGGCGGGUUUGUGUGAAUUCAGAGUACACUUGAAGAAACAUGGUUACAGGUAAGCAACCUGUCCUUUUUCUUCGUGUACUCUGUGAAUGCACACUAAUGGAGACUGACACGCUAAGGUCCCGGAUGGUGGGACAAGGCAAACUCGACAACCAGUGAAUGUCCAAACAUAAGUUUAUUAGGACACAUUGAGAUAACAGUCCCAAGAGACCAGUGCAAUAAGUUGUCCGAAAGGACCAGUGCAAUGCCAGCAUGAGCAUAGUACAAGAAAACAGAACAUAUUAGGAAAUUCUGAAUAAACGUAAUAGAAACACAGAAAUUGAGUACAGUGCAUAUAAACGCUCUCCCAAGGGAAGAGGGGAAAAACAUCACACAACUUGACACACCCAUCAGGGUCAAUAAAGUGUUACAGAGCAACUGCCCAACACAAUCAGGGAAAAAACAUGUCCCCAGAGGUAGGUAUGGGGAAAAAAACUGGCCCAUAACUUGAAGGAGAGGUAUAGAGAGUCACCUGCGGGUGAGUAUAGGGAGAAGAAGGGCGUUUGAGAGUCAGGAUAGGCAAGAUGAGAGUACUGAUCUUGCGAAGGCCGAGUCUUUUAGGGCUUUAUUGUCUAGCCUGUAGUGAGAGACAAACGUAAGUGGGUUCGACCAGAUUGCCGCUUUACAGAUGGAGUCAAGCGGGAUACCUCUGAGGAAGGCGGUCGAAGCCGAAAGGCCCCUCGUUGAUCUCGGACGGAUGGAUGGAGGGGGAGGGCGUUUGGCCAGCUCGUAAGCCAACUCAAUGGCCUGAGCAAUCCAAUGGGACAACCUUUGGGAGGAGAUGGGAUUACCCAACUUGUCCGGGGCAUAGGCGACAAAGAGUCUCUGAGUCUUACGGAUGCCCUUGGUACGGUCCUUGUAGAAGAGGAGCGCCCUGCGAACGUCGAGAAGGUGCAGUUUUCGCUCGAGAGGAGAGGAGGGGUUAGAGAAGAAAGCUGGUAGAACAAUGUCUUGAUUGAGGUGAAAAGCUGACACUACCUUAGGGAGAAAGGUAAUGUCCGGGCGAAGGACAGCACGGUCGUGGUGGAAACGUAGGUAAGGCUCAUCGACCCUGAGAGCAGCAAGCUCGGAUGGCCGUCGUGCCGAAGUGAUUGCCACUAGAAAGGCCAGUUUCCACGAAAGCAAGCGGAGAUCAGUUGAGGCUAGUGGUUCGAAGGGAGCAGAAGUGAGUUGAGAGAGUACAAGUUCGAGGUUCCAGCCCGGCGUAGGUGGUAGCGACGGUGGGCAGAUGUUGUUGUAGCCUCGGAGAAAUGUUUUGAUCAGGUGGUGAGAGAAGAGAGACGGCUGACCAUGGCGUUGAAAAGACCAGGAGAGAGCUGCGAGGUAAGCCUUAAUAGAAGCGAGAGAGAGUUUCCUCUCGACGAGAGACAUAAGGAAGUCGAGGACCACCGAUACCGAGGUUGGAAAGGAGUCGAUAUUACGGGAUCGAAGGAAGGCGUGAAAGCGAGAAAGUUUGUAGGUAUAAGCUUUGGUUGUAGACGGCUUAUGGGCUGCCCGAAGAACAUCUUGGAGGUUUUGCGGAAGGGAGGUUAGGUAAGAAUCCUCCACGCAGUGAGAUGAAGAGAAGGAAGGUCCGGGUGAAGAAUUUGACCGUCCUCUCUCUCGAGAGAGAGAGAAGGUGCGGCGAGGGAGGCAGAGGGUGAAACGUUCCUCUGGAGAGACGAAGAAGGGCUGGAUACCACGGUUGGCGGGGCCAGGCCGGAGCUAUGAGAAUCGCUGUGGCCGAGAUCGAGAGGAGUCUUUCGAGGACUUUCGGUAUGAGGGGAAUAGGGGGAAAAAGAUAAAGCAUCUCCGCUGACCAGUCUAGCAGAAAGGCGUCCCCUAGGCACCCGGGAAAGGAGUUUGGGGGAAGCCUCGCUCCGUAGCGGGGUAGCUGAGCGUUCUGGGGGGAGUCAAAAAGGUCCAGAGUAGGUCGCCCCCAGUCGAGGAACAGAUUGUGGAGGAUCUCGAGAUCGAGCUUCCACUCGUGAGAGGAGGAUGUCAUCCUGCUGAGGGCAUCUGCCAAGUCGUUUUGGGCACCCGAAAGGUGAAUCGCAGAAACCUGGACGUCAUGGGCUAUGCACCAAAGCCAGAGGCGGGAGGAGAGGUGCAUCAACUUUCUCGAACCCGUACCGCCCUGUUUGUUGAUGUAGAACACUGCUACCAGAUUGUCCGAUUGAAUGAGGAUGGAUUUGUGGCAGAUGAGGCGGGAGAAAGCUUUCAGGGCUUUGAGGAUGGCGAGAAGCUUGAGAAAGUUUAUGUGGUUGGUCCUCUCGGAUGGGGACCAAAGAUCUUGGACCGUCAGGCCGCUCAUGUGGGCUCCCCAAGCGUAGGUGGAGGAGUCCGUGGUUAUGGGUAUUGAAGGUAGGGUUGGAUGAAAUGGAAGACCCCUGCACACGUUCCGGUGAGACGUCCACCAUGAGAGGGAUUGGCGAACGUUUGACGGUAUCAACAAGUACUUGGAGUUGUGGUGGUAGAGCGGCUUGAAAGUGUCUAUAAACCACCUUUGUAGAACCCGAAGACGCAGCCUGGCGAAGGGGGUCGUGAGAACCGUGGAGGCCAUAUGGCCUAGAAGGACUUGAAUGGCACGGGCUCGGACCCUCCGGGCGGAUCGACAUAGGGCGAUCAGGUGGCGGAGAGCUAGGAAUCUGUCGAGCGGUAGCGAGACAGUCUCUGUGACGGAGUCGAAGAGAGCUCCGAUGAAUCGGAUUUUGGUCGAUGGGGAGAGAUUUGACUUCUCGGCAUUGAGUUGAAGGCCGAGAGAGUUUAGGAGACGCAGCGUGAAGGAGACGUGGCUUUCGAGAAGUACAGGGUCGGGCCCGACCAGAAGCCAGUCAUCCAGAUAAGGAAAGACUGUGAUGCCACGCAGCCUGAGGUGGGCCGCUACGGCGGCGACGACUUUGGUAAAGACCCUUGGAGCCGUGACAAGACCGAAGGGUAAAACGGUAAAUUGGUAGGUUUGGUCGAGGACUUUGAAACAGAGGAAACGUCUGUGAGCCUCCCGUAUCGCCACGUGGAAGUAGGCGUCUCGUAAGUCUAUGGAGGCAAAGUAGUCUCCCAGCUGCAGCAUCGGGAGAAUAGAGGCAAUAGAGACCAUUCUGAAUUUGGAAGGGCGAAUGAAGAUAUUGAGGGCCCUUAGGUCCAGAAUGGGGCGUAGCCCGCCCCCCCCUCUUCGGGACUGUAAAGUAUCUGGAGAAGAAACUUUGAGGAUCCAGUUCGGGAGGAGAGGGACGGAUGGCCCCUUUGGCCAGGAGGGCAUCGAUUUCGGCCAGUAUCUCUGGAGAAGGAGUUGAAGAGAGAAUAUGACCUGUAGGUGGGAGCUCUGUGAACUCUAAGGCGUAGCCCUCUUGGACAAUGCGAAGAACCCAAGCAUCUGAAGUGAUGGGCUCCCAUUGAUUGUAAAAGGGGGCCAGGCGGUCGGCGAAGGCACAGGAGGGUGGAGGCAGCGUGGGCUCUACAUCGGUAGCGGACGAGGAGCUUUGGCGAAAGGGGAUGGCGUCAGGUACGCCGGUUAGCCUGCGGAGGAGCGGGGGUGGUUCGACCCCGUUGCUUUUGCGGAUGAGGUCCCCGACGGGGUUGGUGAUGGCUUUGAUUGCUCGAGCCCGAGGGGCGCUUGAAAGAUUGGUGCCGGAAGGAUUGCGGCGGGAAGCGACGGAAGCGGUGAGGGAACCAGCGGGUGCGCUGUGGCUGCGGUUGGUCGCCACAUUUAGACACAAGAAUUUUAAAGUCAUGAUUAGACUUGAGUUUGUCAUCGGUACCGGAGUUAAAUAGUCCGAGUGCAUCAAAGGGGAGGUCCUCAAUGACCUGUCUGGAAGAUGAGGAGAGACCUGACGACCUCAGCCAGGCGUGGCGACGGAUGGCGAUCGCGUGAGCAAUCAUCUUGCCCGCCGUGUCCCCGGUAUGUUUCGCCAUCUGGAUUUGAUGGUGGGCAAGCGAGUCAGCCUCCUGUUGGAGGGUGGUAAGGACGGAACGGUCUUCGUCUGACAGUUUAGCGAAGAAGGGUUGUGCCUUCUCCCAGAUAAUCUGCUGGUAGGCACCCAUGCAGGCUCCAUAGUUUGCCAUCUGGCAAAGUAAAAGGGCUCCGGAGUAAAGCUUUCGACCCACAGCGUCGAAGCGCUUCCCUUCUCUGUCGGCCGGAGUGUUCGACUGACGACCUGAGGAUUGGGAGGCCUUGACGACCAGGGAGUUGGGGUCGGGGUGGUGUUUCAGGCACUCCAAGGUAUCGUCGUCGGUACGGUACCAAGUCUCGAUCCUCUUCGAGGUCGGGGGUAUGGAGGAAGGGGUUUUCCAGGAGGCCUGGAUAACGUCCAAGAGAUAAGGCAGGAAAGGGAGUAGCGUGGCCGGCGGAGCUUGGGCCUGCACCCUUUUGAAAACUGGAUCAGACACUGCUUUGGAAGUCUGCUUGAUCUCCAAACCCAGGGCGUCGGCCAUUCUGACCAUUUGAUCAGAGAAAACACGAAUAUUGUCAGUAGGAGAAGGCGGGUCCGCCUCAUACGCAUCGUGAGGAGGAGAGAGGUCGAGUCCGAGAGAGACUACCGAAGCCGAGAGGACAGAGUCUGGGCGGUCAAUGUCAACAUCUUCCUCCUCAGCCCCUUGGGGGGACUGAGGGGGAGAAGAAAGCACAGUCUCGGGGGGAGGCAUGGCCUCACGGGAAGAGAGGGCCGGGAGCCGAGGAUCUUUAGAGGCUGAGGCCUGGGCUGCUCGAGCCAGGCGAGCCGUUUGUCUGCCACGCUCCGGUGUCGAGGUGGGAGGGAAGAGCUGUUGGCGCGAAGAGUGAGGCGGCGCGAGAGGCUCCGGCACCGGCACCCUGACCACCGUUUGGGUAGAGUGGUGGGGUGAGUCCUGCAGCUCCCCGUCAGACAGGGGGUGCAACGGAGAUUGAGAAACAUCUCUAGGCCUCUGGGCUGGCACAAUUGGAGAAGACCUUCUCGAGGAGGUUGCCGAGGAGAACGGCGGGUCCCUCCUUGAGGAAGCCGAGGAAGAGGAGCGCUGAGUCAGCCGUUUUUUUGUCGGCGGUUGCUUGGACGCAACCCUCAAGGAUUUGCCUGGUGUUGGAGGAACCACAGCUGAGUCAGAUUGCGCUCGACGAGACUCCUCGUGAGCCCUCUUAAAGGCUAUUUUGAUAGCAGAGGAGGACGGAGGGGAGCCGAUACGAGAGCGGAUCGAGGUCACCGAAGCCAGAGAGCUCGACGUCGAGGAAGGCCCCACCUUUCCGGAGCGGGUCGACACGGUAGCACGGUACACGGUGGCUUGACCGGUUUAGCGGUCCUGGAGGUCCUGGACGCCCUGGACAAGACCGAGGAGGCUUUAGCUGUCGGAGGCUUAGCUGGUGGCGCCGACAUUGCUCUCAGAGCUGAAGACGACGACGUACCCGACGUCGACGGAGUCGGUUCUGGCGCGAGAGAUCUUUCGUAGAGCGCCGCUCUGAGCCUAGCGGCUCUGUUCUUUCUGGCCUGAGCCGUGAGAGCUAGGCAGAAGCGGCAGGUACCGACCACAUGAGCCUCGCCGAGACAGAAGAGGCACUUGGCGUGGCCGUCUGAAUCAGGAAUUUUAGCAGCGCACUGCGUGCAGCGUUUGAAACGAGUAGUAGACAUGCGAAGAGUCCGAAGUGAACCUUGCGGCGGAAAAAAAGGAACUGGAGAGCGGGCGCCUGGGGCUGCCUUAUAUGCCCCUUGGGAAGGGGGGCGUGGUUACCGCCAAAAUUUGAACUUCAGCUUGGAAGAGUUUCCGUCGGAACCUGCGCAGGCGCAGCUUCUCCAUUAGUGUGCAUUCACAGAGUAGACGAAGAAAAAACAGUACAGAUACUUAGUGGUUACAACAAUGUUUUGUGGUUUUUCUUUUCAGAAGAUGUUAAUUUUAAAACUGGUUUCUGUGUGAUUGUUCCUUUGCCAAGGAAACUAACAGGACAAGUUUACUUUUAAAUCCAAUUUUUUUCGGCUUUAAACAGUAAUUUCCUAGACGUUAUAAUAUAGCUUUUAGUCUUUCUUUCCUUAAAGACCUUUACUAUAUCCUCCUCAAAGAGGUUGUCUUCAAAAGCACAAUUCUCAAUCCUAAAACCAAUUCUUCAAACUGGCUUCCAAAACCUAGACUACCUAACUGAACUCCAAAGCCUGACUAACUGACUGCACUUUAAAGCCUCACUGGCUAACUGCCCCAGCUAAAUGAAAAAGAAUGUUCAGCUAGCCCUCUAACUGCCAUUUGGCUCCGCCCAUCUCCAGCUAUUCAGCAACUCAUUUGCAUUCAACCAAUCAGGCAGCACCUAUGCUCAUUGCUGCUCUAUGGCUCCUCCUCCAGGCUCUGCUGAGCUGUUGCAACCGAUACCUACAAAAUGGCUGCUUAUCAACCUGGUCCACAAAAUGGUUGCACACCAAACCUGCGCGGUGGGCCACAUUUGAACUCUAUGCGGUAGGCCAUGGGCAAACUUUGGCCCUCCAGGUGUUUUGGACUUCAACUCCCAGAAAUCCCAGCCAUCUUACUAGCUGUUAGAAAUUGUGGGAGUUGAAGUCCAAAACACCUGGAGGGCCAAAGUUUGCCCAUGCCUGCUAUAUACAGCAUGGUUUACAGUAUGAACUACUGUGCUAUGCUCGACCACACCAGAUUCUGGGUCAUGAGAUCAAAGCAGAAUCAUAUCCACCCAAUGCUUUAUACAUGUUUUGUUCAUAAGCAUACAGCUACAUUUUAUUUCUUUUGCCACAUCUCUUACCACACUUUUUACCUACUGUGCCAUUUGUCACACUACUCUCAAGAAUAAUAAAACUUCAGGUGAAUCAUAGGAUGCUCCAGCAUAAAAGAUAGAAGUAAAUCUCCAUUUGAAAGUCACUUUCUUCCAAACUUCUGUUUUAUUAAUUCAAUACUUAAAAGGGGUAUUUAUGUAUCUGUAUAACAAUGAUUAAGCAACUACUUGAAAGGCAACAUCUGAAAGCUCUCACAUUUAUCAUAUUAACCAACAGUAAUCCUAACUCUGCUCUAUUUCUGUGCUUGGAACUCUUCCUUGUGAUGGUUAGUCACAAGAGGUCCAGAAAAAAAGUAGCAAUUUUGAUCUGGUUGAGACAUCACUUUGCUUCCGGUCACCCCCAAGGCUUUAGCCACUGAUGGAACAGAAUCAUUGAAUAACAGAGUUGGAAGAGACUUCGCAGGCCAUCCAGUCCAACCCCCUGCCAAGACUACCAAUUCUAUAUUUGCAAGCACAAUUUUAGUCUGUGGAAUACCCAAUUACUGCAAAAACAGCCUUCAUAGUGCACAAUUUUAGACUGUGGAAUGCACAUUAACUGCGAAGAAGUCCAAUAAAAUCCUCUAGGAAGCCAAGACACUGCAAUAAUAAUAAUAAUCUUCCAAGGGAAGGAAUGAGUGGGGCAGGGCAAUGGUCUCACAUUUCCAUUAGUCCUUUCCCCCCAUGUAGUAAUCAGAAGACUAUAGCAAGUGUUCUGUAGCAUACAAAAACAUUAGUUUUAUGGGUAUCUCUCUACUUUGUCCUUCAGAUGGCCUUCAAGGGUGCUAAAGUGAGAGUUAUCUGAUCCACCUUAUCUUGAACUAGGAAAUGGUUCUUAACAGAGCCAGCUGUUUUCAAAAAGGGAAAAAGCUUAAUACAAGUGGCCCAUAGCAGUAACUGCUUUAAUAACCUUGUACUGCCUGCAACAGUAUGUGUUACAUGGAAACUAGUGAGACAUACUUAUGCUCAAACAUGUUUAGAAUUAAAUUAUACAAGCAAAUGAAAAAGAUAAGCUGUCAUCACGAUGGCAAAUAAAACCCUGGAAAUGCACCAGUGUAAAUGAUCAGUACCCACCCCCAAAUAGCUUUCCCCUCACUUUUCACCUUUUUUUCCUUUGAAGAACAUGCUACUGAAGAUACUUACUUGGAGGUAUCUAGCACUGAUUCCUUUGAAUAAUAACCUAAAACCUCCAUCUUUGACAUUGAAAUGCCAAAGUGAAAAAUGAGUCUGUCUAGUAACCUAGUAAUGUGAAAUUAUCUUUCUACAGUUUUGUUACAUUAAAAACAACAGUUGUGGCCUUA